GUAUGGAUUUCACAAGGUGAAUAAAUCACCAAGAGGACAUCGAACUUUAGCAGAGAACCAGAUUUGGGAAUUCUCGCAUCCAAAGUUUAUAAAGGACCGCCCUGACUACCUCGAUGAAAUCAAACGAAAAUCGCUAGAAACAGAAACAACACGUAGAGAUCAUGGCGAUAUCAAUUCACAUAUGGCUAUGAUGCAGGUCUCCCAAUCAGAAAUGGCACAACAACUCGCUCGUUUACAAGAUAAUUUCUCUCAGGUCGUGCGGGAAUUGGCAGACACUAAAAGUAAACAACACAAACAGCAACAAGUCCUGAAAAACAUGAUGGAUUUCUUAUCUUCCCGUCAUGGCGCACAAUGUAAGCCUCCUUUCUAUCUGUGUCUCUCUAUCUAACUUUUUUUUUUCCUUAGUACAAGUGCCACCCGAAUUAAACAUGAAUGGGUUUGUCGAUAUCGAUGUCGAAAGACCGCCUUCUAUAUUUAUUACUUCGCAUGAUACAACCAUACCUCAAUACUACACUAAUAAUAAUAACAUGCAAAGACCCCAGCAACAACAACAUAAUAAUAACAAUAAUAAUAUUAAUAAUAAUAAUACGAACCAAAAUAAUUACACAUCUAAUCAUACCACAUCACGUAAUAAUAUUCCUCCCGCCCUCACGGUUCAAACCCAUAAUUUACCCCAUCCCAGUUUAUCACCUGGUUUAAAUCCAAUGAUGGAUGGUCAUAGUGGCGGUGGUGGCAGCAGCAGCAACCACGGUGGAUCGCCUGCGCUUAGUGCAUAUCACACAGCAUUAAACACGCCCGUCUCUCCUAGUCCCAGUCCAUUUAUCCCUGAUGACGAGAUUCCUAGCCUCUACAGUCCUCAUAGUCCAAUGACACCUAGUACAUUUACCUUGAACGAUACUUUUCAUCAGCAACAACAACAGCAACAACAACAACAACAACAAUUCUUUCAGCAGCAGCAGCAACAACAACAGCAGCAUCACCAUCAGGAGAACAAUGUAGUAAUGAUGGACCAUCAU